AUGCUCGCAAACGAAGGUGCUACACCGCCAUCGAAGGCCACUAAGUCUCCGCACCAAACGCCGUCCGAAUCAUCCGAGCGGCCACACGCCAAAUCAGACGACGAGCAAACGGCCGAAGAACUGUCGAAGUUCUCUGCCGAAUUAUUCCGUGAGAUGAAGCAUGCUGACGAAUCCAAGCCACUAGACUAUGCUAGGCUUCGGAAACAUAAACACAAACGCCUACGCAAGCACUAG